AUGGCCGGCCAAGGAGAUGAUGUCAAGGUACUGGGCACGGCGGCGAGCAUGUUCGCGAUCCGCGUGCGCAUGGCGCUGCACGUCAAGGGCGUGAGCUACGAGUACCUGGAGCAGGACCUGUUCCGCAAGGGCGAGCUCCUCCUCGCCUCCAACCCGGUGCGCAAGGCCGUCCCCGUGCUCAUCCACGCCGGCAGGCCCGUCUGCGAGUCGCUCGCCAUCGUCGAGUACGUCGACGAGGUCUGGGCCGGCGCCGCCUCGCUCCUCCCCGCGGACCCCUACGACCGCGCCGUCGCCCGCUUCUGGGCGGCCUACAUCGAUGACAAGGCUGUCCCCACGUGGAUAGGCAUCAUGAGGGCGGCCACGGAGGAGGACAGGGCGGAGGGGCUGGCCGCUGCGCUCGCGGCGGUCGCGCCCUUGGAGGACGCCUUCGCCCAGUGCUCUGGCGGGAAGGCCUUCUUCGCCGGCGACUCCAUCGGGUACCUCGACCUUGCGCUCGGGUGCAACCUCUUCUGGAUCGAGGCGCUGCGCCACAUGUUCGGCGUCACGGUCAUCGACGCUGGCAGGACUCCACGCCUGGCCGCCUGGGCUGAGAGGUUCGUGCAGACGGAGGCUGCAAAGAAGGCGGCGCCGCCCAUGGAAAGCAUGUUGGAGGAGGCCGAGAAGCUGCGGGCCAUGUGGGCUGCUGCUGCUGCCCCGGCUGCCAAGUAAUUAGUGGCUAGCUGGGAGAAGCUUCUUAAUUCAGUUUUCAGUCGCCACUUUUGUUGGAGGUUUUGCAGUCGUCAAUCGUCACCUUUUUUUUACAUCAGCGUCAGUGGUCAUUGUUACCUAAAGGAUUAUAAAUUUCAUUGUUCUAAGUUGUGUGAUUGGUUUCAUUGCAUAAUAAAAUGGUCUUUAUCUUUGUAAAA